GUGCAAUGGCGCCACGGGCACGGCUUGCGAGAUGCAUUCAAUCCGCUUCUCGGCACGUCACAAAAUACUUGCACGUUUGAACGAAAUCUACUUCUGAUGAACAUGAAUUGCCAUGAUCCAAUAGCUCUGUAAGAACUAAGGUGUCCACCUCCACUAGAAGUGACUUGUAUCUGUGUCCACGGUGUGUUACAACCAUCGUCCGAUCUUACAACUACAUCUCCUCGCGAUUUUUUUAGUGAUGUUGACCAUGCCAGGCCUAUCGUCAUGCUCGUCGCACGGGUUACCCGUGCCGCAGAGUCGACUCUUUCUGUUGCACGUGGUUGUAGCAGCUUCAGCCGUAUCACGGGCCAUCGCGUCGUCUUCCCCGUCUGCCUUCCUGCAACCGCGCUUCGACGUGAUGCACGCAUAUCGUAACACUCACUCGGCAGGAGGAGCUUUUGGCGCCGGCUCUAGUGGACCGGCUGCAGCUCCUAAUCCUAUUCCGCCAUCAUAUCUUCCGUCCUCUGGACAAGCAGACAGAUCUUCUCUAUUGAGUUUGCGAAACGCACAGGAUAAAAAACUUCAUUUUCCAACUCUCAGCUUUUCUUCCACUUCCUCUGCAAAAAAAUCUGGAACAAAUAGGAAUGCACAGCAACAGUGGUCAAGAGUACCAACAUCUUCCGCGAACUACAACGGAAAUAGUGUCGCCUCCGCAUCAACAGUCUCGGUUCUUGCCUCCUGUGCGGCCGCAGCCGCGACCUACGGAGCGGCCAGGAGUAGACCGCGCCGGAAUACUACUGGAUCUCGCAAUACAUCAACGCAACUGUUUCAAGCCUGUCCGCGAUCACCAGGGGGCGACGGUAAUUCCUCUUCGCCGCUCCACGACCAAGUCAGCGGCGGUCCUGCACCAGCGGUGCACCUCUCAUCUGCGGCAACUACACAACCUGAGCAUCCCAACAAAACAGCUGCCGACCUGGUCUACGGUUCGAAGGUUUCCUUUCUGAUCGCGGUGGACAUCGGGGCAACGACGCACAAGGUGACUCUUUUGACCGUUUCGGAGGAGAAGGUGGAACAGGUCUUGUUCUCCAAAGUCGUCCCAAUGGACUGGAAGCACAAACCCUGGCAGAAAGAUCUCAACGCGUUUGCCAUCUCGCCUGCGGCUGCAACUCACAGCACGACCUCCGCUGGUGGAACAAAAAAUGAUGAGACUGGAAGUGCUACGACCUCGUCGUCGUCUUCAGCCGCCGGUGCGCAGCGAAGUGAGCUUCAAGAAUCAUCUCCGGGACGAGAGGACGACACAAGAGGUGCAACUACACGAAGCUCCGGCAUGUUAAGUGGGUCAACAUCUCCACCAAGCUCGACCGCAGGCACGGACAACGCCGAUCUCUCGGACGAAGACAUUGAGCGGUUCCUCGCGGAGGACUUCGAUGAAGACUUUCUGCAGAAAAUGGCAGACAUGAAAUUGGCGUCAGAUGAAAGAGAUGAAAACCAUAAUAAGCGAGUAGAACAAAAGCUAGAAGAUGGGAAAAGCAGUACUUCUACAGUACGGGAGCAGGACGUAGCUUCGAAUAACCACCUGGCAUCGACACCAUCGGUAGACCAAAAAGAAAUACAGCAAGAUGUUGUGGGCGCAAAGAUUCCGCGAACCGCGAAGGAGGAAGACGACAAAUAUUUCCGCACCAUGCUCGACAGCUUGGAAGACUCAGUUACCCUUGUGCGGGAGUUGAUCCACGAGGCGCAGGAAGCGUUGAACCAAUUGUACGGCGGAGCGGUUAAGGACGUGAAGAUCACCGCGGUCGGCACCGGCGUGUUUCGGGGAGAGACGCCGAAGAGUGUGGUCGCGACCUACCGCGACCUGCUCAACUGCAUGCUCUUUCCGCACAGCGGUGCCACCAGCUGCGCGCUCGGGCUCUCCCUGGAGGAGGCCGAAGCGAGUGCUUGUGCAGAACCAGAAAUCGACUUUCACGUCGUAACGCAGGAAGAAGAGGCGGAGCUCGGCUUCUUGUCGCACACGGUCAGCCGGCAAAUGUUCCACCAAUGGGCAUACGGACCCGGUACGAGCAGGAGGAGAUCAACUGGUGCGAAACACAAGAACCUGGGGGAUCCCCUUGCCACUACAUCUCCUCAGCCCUCGAACCAGUCUAGUACAGGAGAAGACUCUGUCAAUAGGGGGACUGGUCGUGCUGCAACAGGACCCGCACAAGCCACACUGCCGAUUCUUCACGUGGGAAAGCACUCCAUGCACCUGGCCAGCGCCACGGGAGUGCACUUGGUCGAGCGAGGGAGCCGGGACGUGUUCGAGCUGUUGUCGAGUUUGAGCAAAAACACGAACAAAGAGAUCCGAAGCGGGAAAUCAAAUCCAAAUUCUGCUGCUUCCGACGUAUCGCCGCCCGAAGCCCGCGACCACCGCGACUUCCUCAUGGAGCAGGCGAUGUCGUCCAUUUACAGCUAUCAGCCCUUUGACGACCCCAACCCGAUAUGGAAUGCUGCGAAUUUUUUACCUUUCCUCCCGGCAGCACAGUGUCGACGUCACAUGGACGAUGUCUGUAUAAAGGAGGAGCUCCUCUGCUGGUGCAUCUACGUCGACCCUUCAGUCGUGGGUUUGUAUUGCUGAGUCGCUAGAUACAGAUGAAGGACCGUCUUGUGAAUGUGGUCAUGCAAAGCUGUGAACAACAGGUGUGAUGAAAUGAUUAUGAUGUCGUGAAACCAAUUUGCGUGGCCAGCGCCGAGGUAAGUAAAUUUCUAUGGUAUACCCGGUCUCGUUGGAAAACAUUGACAAUUUGAUCUUCUACGUCACCUCCUGGCUGCUGUCUAACGCGCCGGCUGGACAGAAAGACGCGAGUUUCUGCGAAGUAGCGCUCGAGUCCUGGGAAUUUGGAAAAUCCGCGGAGGCGAGGGGGUUAUUUGCAAGAAAUGGAGUCCGACCACCCGCGCCUGAAGAUACUCAAAAUCACGCUUCACCAGCACCACCAGCACCUGAAUCGAGCGAUAAGGAUAGCUCCGCUCCGGCUGAUAUCUCCUGUUGGCUACCCACCGUGAUCGCGAUCACGAACAAAAACUCGGCCUUCCACGUGGCCAGCAUCGCCCUGGGUCCGAAGUUCACCGCGGCGCAGAUUUACCACCUCCUGAUGCAGUGCGCGGGGAAAUCGAGCAGCGAGUUGAGAACGGGCAAGCUGUUCAAGAACCAACUGGAUCCGGCACCGGACGCUGCGAAGCAGGUGGUUUCCAAACUUGUGCUGCUCUACUCCAUCAUGAUGGCGUGGGGCAUCGAUGAGAUCAUUUGGGAACCGCUGGAAAAUGGACUCACGCUCGGGAUGGCGGAAAAGUAUCGCCAGGAACACCUCACUUGCUCUAAUAGUGCCCCGACCGCGUGAUGAUGGACUUUUUUCUGGGCUGGGAUGCGAUGUGUAGUACUUGUUUAACACGACGUCUUCUAGAGAAGUUUUACGACAGUUUUUUUUUGCUCCUGCAUAGCUUGCUCGUCGACCACAACAAGCUGGCGAGUAGCUGUAGCUUAGUCUUGUUCAUUCUGCGUGUCGCUCGCGCUGCUAAGUUUAUGAUACACAAGAUAACGCGUCGGCGUCGGCAUAGACACAACAUCAACGAGACCACUGCGCAGACCAGCUGCUCGGGUACCAGACCACUGCGCGUAUCAGAAACUUUGAACAAAAUUUGCAUUUACUUACAGUUUUUUUCUGACAAGUUACAGUUACUGACAUGAUCUCCCUUCGACUUUGAGAAUACCAGAGAAAUGAAAAGAUGAUGUUGCUGUUCAGUCGAUAAUCAAAAGCAGUUCCACUUACCUUUUUUGAAGUGCACGAAAUUCCGAAAAAUUAUUGGCAAAGACCUACACGUCUUGACUAAUUGACUUUUUGCUGCCAUGCACUCUCACAACCUAACGAGGAAAAAA